AUGGCGCUCGAUACCUUCUUCCACAACAAGAUCGAGUCGAUGAAGCUGGAGAUUAUACAGGGACAGGCCAAGCUACGACGACUGGAAGCCCAGCGAAAUGACUACAACUCGAGGGUGCGGUUACUCCGCGAGGAGCUUGGCCUUCUGCAGCAGCCAGGGUCCUACGUCGGCGAGGUGGUCAAGGUCAUGGGCACGAAGAAGGUGCUCGUCAAGGUUCACCCAGAGGGCAAAUACGUCGUCGACGUGGCCGACAGCGUGGACCUCAGCAAACUCACCCCGGGCAAGCGCGUUACACUGCUCAGCGACUCUUACAAACUCGAGAAGCUACUGCCAUCCUCGGUCGACCCGCUCGUCUCCCUCAUGAUGGUCGAGAAGGUGCCCGACAGCACAUACGACAUGAUUGGUGGUCUGGACCAGCAGAUCAAGGAAAUCAAGGAGGUCAUUGAGCUGGGUCUGCAACACCCCGAGCUCUUCGAAUCGCUCGGUAUCGCACAGCCCAAGGGUGUCCUGCUCUACGGCCCGCCCGGAACAGGAAAGACACUGCUCGCCCGUGCCGUCGCGCAUCACGCUGACUGCAAGUUCAUCCGAGUCUCUGGAAGCGAACUGGUGCAAAAGUACAUUGGAGAGGGUAGUCGAAUGGUCCGAGAGCUAUUCAUCAUGGCACGAGAACAUGCGCCCAGCAUCAUCUUCAUGGACGAAAUCGACAGUAUUGGAUCCAGCCGAGUCGAAGGCAGCUCAGGCGGAGAUUCCGAAGUGCAGCGAACCAUGUUGGAGCUGUUGAACCAGUUGGACGGUUUCGAGCCUACGAAGAACAUCAAGAUCAUCAUGGCAACCAAUCGCCUGGAUAUUCUUGACCCUGCUCUGCUGCGACCUGGCCGUAUCGACCGGAAGAUCGAAUUCCCACCGCCAACUGUCGAGGCGCGUGCCGACAUCUUGCGCAUCCACUCGAGGAGCAUGAACCUGACUCGUGGAAUCAACCUCAACAAAAUUGCGGAGAAGAUGAACGGGUGCUCUGGUGCUGAGCUGAAGGGUGUUUGCACAGAGGCGGGUAUGUUUGCCCUCAGAGAAAGGAGAGUGCACGUCACACAGGAGGACUUCGACCUUGCGACGGCCAAGGUACUCAACAAGCACGACGACAAGGCUACCAGCUUGAGCAAGCUGUGGAAGUAG